UCACCUUUUCCGACGGUGAUGACCUCCCCACGAGAACACGCCUCUCGCAAAGGAUCUCCUUCAUCCCUCUCCAGAAGAGGAGAAGAGGAAACACAAGAAGAAGCGGCUGGUGCAGAGCCCCAAUUCCUAUUUCAUGGAUGUGAAAUGCCCAGGAUGCUAUACAAUGACCACAGUCUCUAGCCAGGCACAAACAGUAGUUUUGUGUGUUGGCUGCUCUACCGUCCUCUGCCAGCCUACAGGAGGAAAAGCAAGGCUUACAGAAGGGUGCUCUUUCAGACGGAAGCAGCACUAAAAGCCCCUGGAAUCAAGAUGAAUGGGAAACCAUCCCAAUAAACACAUUUUGGAUUAAAAAAAAAAAAAAAAAAAAAGAA